AUGCUGGAAAAAUCUCCCUCCCAGACAUUUGCUUCCAAUUGUUCAGGUGAAUCAGGUUGGGAGAACACGGAGUACUCGACAAGCAUCACAGUACGAUCACUGGCAAUAAUUCGUAGGCGAUCUUAUACAUCCCAGCACACGCUUCAUCUCGAGUGAGCACCAGAUCAAGGCAGUUUGGAUGUUGCCCUUCCCUUACGUGUGUUCCGAGAGUUACAUUCUGGAAAGACAGUUUCUCCACUGCGAAUUCAAGCAAAAGUUGUCCGAGCAUGUCAGAUGGACCGGAAACCGUCCAAGCUUGACAGUUGAUACGUGGGAGCCAAAAUAUUUUGAAAGGCAUGAAUUCGCACUGAUAAGGCCUUAACUUUGAUAAAAUGCCGUCAAGGCUUUCAAAUGAUCUCCAUCUUGUAGUCGAGGUUGUAAAACGUUCGCUGUUGUGCCAUCAUCAUCAUCAUCAUCAUCAUCAUCAUCAUCAUCAUCAUCAUCAUCAUCAUCAUCAUCAUCAGCCACGUCGCGGCCCACCUAUUUUGCCACUGUGGAGUGGAACUUUGUAGUCAUCAGCCUUCUUCUACAAUACUCGUUGCAAGAAAAUGCAAAUACUAAAGCAAUACUUUGAAAACUCUAAAAAACACACAGCAGCUGGUGCGGCAACUUGUACAGUUCCCAAACCUCAAGGCUGUUGGUGAUCAGGCAUUUUUUAUCUUUCAAAAUGCUGGGCCGUAAACGCAAAAAUUCAUUCAAUGUAUCAGCAACUAACCUUUAGAACAAAUUUGCACAUGAUAAUGAUUUCCGUCGUUUCCUAUCAGACAAGCCACUCCGUAAUUAAGUUUAUAAACGUUCCGGCAUGGAAAAAGGACUCUUAAAGGAAUUUUAGCCGUUGCACUUCAUUCCACCCCAGCAAAGGCGGGAGGGUCAUUAAACAAGACAAUAUUUUGAAAUAAGGUCUGCAAAUCAGUUAGAUUGGACAAAUCCUCCAAAUUUUCGAAAAGAAACAGUUCCUCGGCACCUUUUUUAAAAUGACCGUAUUUGGACCUGCACUUCAGACAAAAGCUACUUUUUAAUCUGCAACUCAUUUGUUCAGCAUAAAGUGCAAUCAUUUCGGCUGUCCACAAACUGUACACUUAACGAUAAUGUAAAUCAGUCCUAGUCAACUACCAACGGAACUAACCAUUUUUUAAGAUACAUCCUCAUUCAGCAUCCUUAAAGGUUUCUUUAUUGAGCCUGCCUAUUGUCUUUUGCAUUUAGCACUAAGGUUUACGGAACCAUAUUUCCUUGCCGUGCUUGUUCUUUCUGGAACCUGUUCAAUAACGUACCUCCGCUGAUAAUCCAACAGCAACCCCCGAAUAUUUAAUGUAUCAUUGGGAUUUUGGGAAAUAUUCUGUCCAUUCUGUCUAUCAGCCUUUUCGGAGUUGUUAGCAUAGAAGUGCUAUUAACCACGAGGACAAGAAAGACUGGAAUGGACAUUUCUGCAUAUUAGCCGUUAACAGCCAAUCACAUCCAACUUCGUGGUGUGCAACACCUAGAGCACGAUCCCGCGACCUGUCAGCGCCCCUCUAGAGACAGGACAACGACCCCAUGACUCAGAGGUUAGGGCGUUUGGCUUCUAAACCGCAGAUCGCGGGAUGGAGCUGCAGGUGCUGCGCACUUCGGGGUUGGGUAUGGCUGGCUGACGAUGACGACGACGACGGCGACGAGGAGGAGGAGGAGGAGGAGGAGGAGGAGGAGGAGGAGGAGGAGGAGGAGGAGGACUUAUAA